CGCAUGCGCAGAUCAUCGCUCCGCCGCUAGCGGUCGCUGUUUCGCUCGCACUCCGUCGCGCUCCGAAGGCCGAAAACAUCCGACACCAUGCCUCCGUCGCGCCGCUUCUGCUCGCGUUUUUCCCGAACCAACGCGCCUAUCGCACAGGCAACAGGCUCUAGAGUUUAUUAACCACAAACUCGGUCUUUUACGUCGAGUGUUUUACACGGUUUGACCAUGAGUGUCGGUUACUGCGCCGCGUAACGCGCUCUAGACGGAGAUUAUGGAGUAAACGCGCGUUGCGCGACCGCUAGAAUUCAUCAUAACGAUAACAAUAACACUGCUAUGGCACUCUCGGUGAUCCAGGCGUGUCGUAGUCUGGCCCUGUCCACCUGGCUGCUGUCCUUCUGCUUCGUCCAUCUGCUGUGUUUGGACUUCACGGUGGCGGAGAAGGAGGAAUGGUACACGGCGUUCGUUAACAUCACGUACGUGGAUCCGGUCACGGCCGAGGUCCGCACCGAGAAGACGGAGUGCGGGCGUUACGGGGAGCACUCGCUCAAACGCGAGGCCAGAGGCGUGCUGGCGAUGCCCGCCGCGCCGCAGGACAGACACGCGUGCGAUCCCAACAGCAGAUUCACGCCGCGCGGGUACGGCGCGUGGAUCGCGCUCAUCAGCAGGGGAAACUGCACGUACAGGGACAAAAUCCGAAACGCCGUGGGGAAAAACGCGUCAGCUGUGGUCAUAUUCAACGUGGGGUCCUCCAACCCCAACGAGACCAUCACCAUGCCAGAUCCAGGAACUGGUGACGUGGUGGCCAUCAUGAUUCCCGAGCCAAAGGGUCGUGAUCUGGUUCUUCUGAUGGAGAGGAACAUCACCGUUCACAUGCACAUCACCAUCGGAACACGCAACCUGCAGAAAUACGUCAGCCGCACCUCGGUGGUCUUCGUCUCCAUCUCCUUUAUCAUCCUCAUGAUCAUCUCGCUGGCCUGGCUCGUCUUUUACUACAUCCAGCGCUUCAGAUACGCCAACGCCAGGGACCGCAACCAGAGGAGGCUGGGGGACGCUGCCAAAAAAGCCAUCAGCCAGUUACAAGUGCGGACCAUCAGGAAAGGCGAUCAGGAGACGGAGAGUGAUUUUGAUAACUGUGCCGUGUGUAUCGAGGGUUAUAAACCAAACGAUGUAGUCAGAAUCUUACCUUGCAGGCAUCUGUUUCAUAAAGGCUGUGUCGACCCGUGGUUGGUGGACCAUCGUACAUGUCCCAUGUGUAAAAUGAACAUCCUCAAAGCUCUGGGCCUCACGUCAAGUGCCGAGUGUCUGAAUGAACUUCCUCUGGACUACGAGCUCGCCGUGGGGGGCAUGGCUCUUAACGCCAUGGUGAUGAGCGAUGAUAUCAUGGUUGGUGAUGUCGUCGGGGGGCGUGACCCCGGCGUGAGGAUGGUGGGUCUCCCUCAGGUCCUCCUGGACUCUGAGCCACUGUCCCAGGACACCUUGCCAACCGAACAGAGUGAGUUACAGCCAAUAGCCAGCAGCAGUUCAGAGAUGUCGCUCGCUACGGGGGCGGGGCAUUUGGACAUUGACACGCCCACUGAUGACCCAAAGUGCUGAUCUGGCCCCGCCCACUCAUGCUCAAAAGUUUGGGUGACUGUGGCGUCGGGCUCAUAUGGGUUAAAUGGGCUUUGAAUGGCCAGUGAUUGACCGUGUAACAAACACACUGCCUGCCGAGUACAUACUACAAUCCACAUCCGAUGUUACGUUCAUUUCAUCUUCCUCCUUCAUUCUCUGAAAAGCAGGGUAAACUGUUCUCUCUCGCCCUCAGUGCACAAUUCAGUGUGCACUUGAGCUAAAGCACUUGUUUGGUAUCGGCAGACGAUCGUUUCUGCUCUGCUCGACAAUCUUCUUUUUCUUAUCGCCGCAGUGUUCGCUGCCCGUGUCACCAUUUGUCUGUGAUCCCAGCGAAAAGAACGUGUCAAAGACUAUUUUGAAUCUGAUCAGAAGUGGUUUAUUUUUCUAUAGAAGCAUUUGAUGUGCUCGAGUUCAGCAGUAUUAAAAAAAAAAGAGAGAAUCUCAGUAUUUAAACGCCUUCCUCUUGGGAGAUUUUUUUUUUUUGGGGAUUUGGCCCUCACCAAAGACGCCAGACCUGGAGCGUGUGACGGACGUUGUGCGGGACAAAACUGUGGGACUUUCUAGGAAGUGCUCUUUGGAUUCUGUGGAGCAGGACAUGUGAUGUUUGCUGUGCAUGCCACAUGCCCUGUCCACUUGAGAUUUUAGUGGAUAGUUCAUCCAAAAAUGAAAGUUUACUAGCAGUGUCCUCGCCCUCAGGCCAUCCGAGAUUUGAGAAAAAGAACAGAUUUGGAUAAAUUCCAUAAUUUGUUCACAAGUAGAUCCUCUGCAGUGAAUGGGUGCCGUCAGAAUGAGAGUCCAAACAGCUGAUAAAAACAAUCCACACCACUCCAGUCCAUCUGUUAACAUCUGGAGAAGCCAAAAGCUGAAACAAAUCCAUCAUUUAAGAUAUUUUUAACUUCCUUAAUCCAUAAUAACGCUUCCUCCAGUGACAAAGUGAUCUGGUCUGAAUCAGGAGAGAAAUCAAGCACUGUUUACAAGCCAAAACAGCUCUAAACAAACAUGUGGGUGGACUUUGAUGUGAGAGGACAAGAGGGGAUGGACUUUUUUUCAGGAGGAAGCGUUAUUAUGGAUUAUAGACUCAUUUUAGUGGCAAGCGGAGGUCUUAAACGUGUCUUAAUGAUGCAGCUUUUGGCUUCUCAAGAUGUUAACUGAGUGAUUAUUGUGAUGUUUUUAUCAGCUGUCAUUCUGACGGCACCCAUUCACUGCAGAGGAUCCAUUGCUGAGCAAGUGAUGUAAUGCUACAUUUCUCCAAAUGUGAUGAAGAAACAAACUCAUCUACAUCUUGGAUGGCCUGAGGGUGAGCAAAUGUUCAGCAAACUUUUUUUUUUUUGUUUGGGUGAACUAUUUCUUUAACGGGAGAUUAUCAAUCAUUUCCCGUAAUGAUUGUUCAGUUACUGUUUAUUCACCCUCGGGUCAUUCUAAAUCUCUAUAUUAUUCUUUUUUCUUUUCUUUAAAACUCCGGAAAUCACCGUAAAAGUUCAUAUGACUUGUGCACUAUAUUCAAACAGUUCCAGAUGUUCUUGUCAAAACAAAGUUGUGGAAAGACACGAGAGUUAAUGAUCGUUUUCAGGUGCACUUUUCCUUUAAAUCUGUAACUCGUUCUUCCUUGUUUGACUGUACAUUGUAAAUAGAGAAUAAUUUUGUCCAAUUUUCUCCUUAAUUGCCAAGUUUUUCCGUCAUGCACUUUAUGUAUUUAGAGAUUGGACUUUGUUUUGAGAUUGGGAUUUCCGUUACAAGUUUGUAUAUUCACACACAAACACACGUGCAGUUCACCUCACCGUAUCUCACACACACACACACAGUAGACGUUUGUACCAUUUCAUGCUCAGUAUUUUGCACGUGUUUCAGUCAGACUGUGCUUUGAAUAUUAAUAAAUUUUAAUGUUAAUUUUU